AUGUCGCUGUGUCUCAACCGUCUUCAAGAGGAAAGAAAACAAUGGCGCCGCGAUCAUCCCUUCGGCUUCUUCGCACGACCCAUCCGAAAUGCGAGUGGUGUGGUUGACCUCAAGAACUGGGAAGUUGGGAUACCAGGGCAAGAAAAGACCAUCUGGGAAGGGGGCCUGUUCAAGUUGAGUGUUGUCUUUCCGGAAGAAUACCCUACCAAGCCUCCCAAGUGCAGAUUUGUCCCGCCUCUCUUCCACCCCAACGUCUAUCCCUCGGGCACGGUAUGUCUCUCGAUCUUGAACGAAGAGGAGGGUUGGAAACCAUCAAUCACCAUCAAGCAAAUCCUCUUGGGCAUCCAAGCUCUGCUAAACGACCCCAAUCCCGACUCGCCAGCGCAAGCUGAUGCAUACAAUCUCUACAAAAAGGAUCUGCCCGCAUACGAGAAGAAAGUCAGAAGCAUUGUCAAGGACAACCCCGCACCAUGA